UCAAUGGGUACUUGGUAAACUUGUGCACGGGGCGAGCAUAAUCGACAAUGUCUUUGUGAUUUUGGUCCGAUAUCGAGCACAUCCAGUUCUGCCAGAAGCUUUAACGCAUGAUUUUUGUGUUACUCUGUGCAUAUUUUAUUUGAAGUGCACUGUGCUUAAAAUAGACAAAAUGUCAGUAUAUCAGUAUUCGGUCACGACCUUGGCCCAUAUACGAGAUGUUAUAAAUGAAAGUUCGUCUUUGCUUGUAAAUUCUGAGCAGCAGUGGCAUCUAGAGCCCGUUCUUCGUUACCAUUAUGUCUGUGGCUAAAGAAGUAAUCCGUGUUGCCGUGAUAGGUGCCGGUGCCGCGGGCCUGGUGGCGUUACGCCAUCUUAGUUCACAAACGGAGACGUUCCAGGCGUUUGGGUUCGAGCAGACUGGAGUGGUAGGGGGGACAUGGGUGUACAACGAGAAUACGGGAAGCGAUGAAUACGGUCUUCCAAUACACUCCAGUAUGUACAGGGACCUAAGGACAAAUCUUCCCAAGGAGGUGAUGGCAUUUCCUGAUUUCCCAUUUGAGAAAGAUGGGCCUUCCUUUAUCACUCAUCAAGCUGUCAGAAAAUACCUUGAGGAUUACGCUGAACACUUCAAAUUGAAGCCUUUAAUCAAGUUUUUCACAGAAGUUGAAAGUGUAAAACCAGUUCAAGGUCAACACGGAGAGCAGGUAUGGCAAAUACAGUACAAGGAUGUGAGAGUCAAGGACAGUUUAGUGGAAACAUUGGAGACAGAUGCAGUUAUUGUUUGUAAUGGGCAUUAUUCAGUCCCAGUUAUUCCUGAUUUUCCUGGGAUGGAAAAGUUUAGUGGCCAAGUGUUGCACAGUCAUGACUACAGGUAUCCAGAGCCAUUUAAAGAUAAAGUGGUCUGCUGUUUGGGAGCAGGUGCUUCAGGGCAGGACAUAAUGUUAGAGUUGGCGAAGACUGCCAAACAGGUUAUUUUGAGUCACAACAAAGCUCCAUUGAAGUCUGACUUGCCAGCAAAUAUACACCAAGCAUCUGGGAUUGACGCAAUGACAGAGACUGGGGCAGUGAUGAAAGAUGGCGAAGAGUGUCAUUUUGAUGUUUUGAUUUUGUGCACAGGAUACCAUUACACCUUCCCUUUCCUCUCCCCAGAAUGCUCUCUUAACAUUGAAGACGAACGCGUGAUCCCCCUGUACAAACACAUCAUCCACACGGAAUGCCCGCGGCUGUCAUUUAUUGGAAUCUGUAAACAAAUCUGCCCCUUCCCACAAUUCCACAACCAAGUGAAGUUUGUUCUUAAGACUCUGGAUGGCUCGCUGAAACUCCCCACAAAAGAGGAGAUGGAUGCUGAUAUAAAGCAGGAUUUUGAAUGGCGCCUGGGUCAGGGAUUCCCCAAGCGCCAUGCUCACACUAUGGGCCCCAUGCAGUGGCAGUAUAAUGAUGAGUUGGCUGAUAUCGGGCAGUUUGAACACAUCCCCAAAGUUGUAGAGCAAUUAUAUCAAGAUGUUCAUAAAGUGCGAGUGACACAGCUGCAACAUUACAAAAAAUGCAAUUACAGAUUGACUGGACCUGAUUCUUAUAUAGAAGUCUAAUCAGAAGGUUACUCAUAAUACAGCUCAAUGCAUCCCAAACAAUCACUGAUAAUUAUUAGGUAGGAUAAGACAAAAAAUAAAUAAAUAAGCAACUAAAUAAAUAAGGGAUAUUCUCAUAAGUGCCAAAAGUAAUGUUUUGAAUCAUUUGAAAAAAAUUAAAAUGGAAUGUUUUUACUUAAAAUCUGUGUUUUUUUUUAUUUAUAUUUUAAUCAUGGUGAUUUCUUAUAAGGACAGUGAAUUAUGGUGUGAGUUAUUUAAUUGAAUGGAAAGACAACAGUUGGUAAAGUUGAAUGCAUCCAAAGGAAAAUGAUAAUUUCAGUAUAUAAUAAAUGAAAUGAUAUUUAAAUAAAUGAAUAAAAUUAACAAAUGAAGUUGA